UUUUUUCUUUUUUUGCGAGAAGGGAAACGUUGGUCGGAUGCCCAGGCGCAGUGCGUUCUAGGACUGGGGGUUAAUGUGCUCCCAGCAACUGGCAGGCGACGUGAGGUGUUAAGAACUGCGCAGAUGUUCCUUGGCCGCCGCGCCACGCCCUCUGUCAUGACGUCAUCCCUCCCUUCGAUUUCUCUUUUGGCGGUCUAACCAAAAUGGCCGUGAGAGGGAUAGCGGGGUUGGUGUUAACGGAAGCGGUAUCAGCUGCAGGCGGGAAAGCUUGCUUUUUAGCGAGGGGAGUGUCGCCUCCUCCUAGCAAAGCCCCGUUCGCAUCUUUGUGAGGCGAUAUUAAGGCCUCUGGAAGCGUCGGUCUCUUAGCUGGAUAGCGAAGAUGAGCAAGCCGCCUUUGUUAAAGCAGCCGCUGCCUCCUAAGUGGGAGAAAGAGCAUCUCUGGCUCUACCUUCUGGCUCUGGGCUUCGACCCGAGAGGAGCCGCUGCCGCUGGGAAGAAGUCGAUUCAUCUCCACCUGGGCCCGGAUAUGUUUGAUAAGCCAAACAAAGAUGCAUUUCACCUUGUUUCAUUCUUCUUGUUUUCGAAGCUGGACCAGUCACAUUGUAAUGAGGUCUUCAGAUUUUGUUUUCCUCCAGCAGACAAGAAGACAGACUCUGAAUUCAGGAAGCAAUGCUGUGAUUGGCUAAGAAAAAUUUCCGAUGAAUAUGGGAACAACUUUCCUUCAGUAUAUGCAUCAUUAUUCCUUUCCCCUGGUGGUCCCAAUUUCAUUCACCUAAUGUUCCAUUUUGCAAGAUGUGUCCUCUUGCAUCACAUCAAAACAGAUUCUGCAAGAGUUCCUGAAUCGCUGAACUUGAAAUCUCCAGACUUGCAUAUGGCCGCUGCAAAAUACUGUGUGGCACACCACAGAUUUUUACAGAAUCUACAAAAGGAAGAUGUAAUAAUUCAAGAACUUCAGAAAAAAGUAUUGGUUUUCAGUAAGCAAAUAAGAGAUUUAAGAUAUGAAAAUUCAGAACUGGACAAACAGCUCCAAAAAGCAGAAAAAAAUAUUGAUCAGAGCCAGAACAACACAACAGAAGAUGUUAAAAAGGUUCGUUCUAUGUGGGAAUCAAUACUAGAAACAAUUAAACGUCUUCAGAAAGAAAGACAAGUUGUUGAUUCAGUUGUCAAUGGUCAUGUAGGCCAGUAUACAUUAGAUGGCGCCAGUACUACUGUCAGCGUCCCAAGGCUUCUGCUUGAAAAAGUUGAAAAAGAAAUGCACAAACUGCAGAUUGGAAAUAUAUAUGAAGCUGGAAGACUAAAUAUUUUAACUGUUCUUGAGUUAUUAAAUAAUGCCUUGGAAAUGUUGAUGCUUGAACGCCAGCAUAUUGAGAAGAAUUCACUGAAACUGGAUUUUCAGUUUUUUGAAGGAAAGACCAAAUUCCAGAAUGAGACUUUAUUGGGGCUGGAGUCACUGAGGCACAAAUUAAAACAUGAGGAUCAUGUAUCAAUAAAUCAGUCAAUUGCUGAAAAACAGAGAGAAUGGGAUUUGAAGUGGGAGAACUGUCUCGGAGAGUCACCUUUUCUUUUCAUUAAAGAACCUAACCCUGCACUUGAUUUAUUACCAGCUAUGCCUCCGCUUUCUUUUACCCCUACUACAGAGGAAGCUUAUAAAAGCAGUAUAUUUUGCCAGUAUCCAGCAUCAAUUCCUGACUUGACAAAAAAACUCAUUCAGACAAAUGAAUUUAAGAAAGACAGUGAACCAUUGAGAAGUGAAGUCAGCGCAUCUUCAGUAAUCACAGAUAGAAAUGUUACAUCUUCUCAUUGUGCUACAGAGCCUGAAAAUGGAAUGCAGAUACCUUCUGAGAAGGGAUCAACUAUUGAAACUCCCAAGAGGAUUGAAUAUUCCAGUUCUCAAAUCUUAAAAUACAAAGGAAGGAAUAAACAAACAGAUGCUUCAAGGAAAAGACAUGCUGACAUGUCCAAAAAGCCAUCAUCAGUUAAAAGUGAAGAUCCUCUUAAGAAAGCACAAGAGCAACCGGCAGACAUUGUGGCAGAUGCAGUUGUAUCUGAUUUGUCACAGAAAGGAAAAGAGUUGGAUGGCCUGAUUGGUACCUUAGCCUUUAAUCCCUUCUUAACUAGGAAGCAAAUUCCACUGACCCCAGAAAAUCUGAUUACUGAAAUUAGAAGCUCAUGGAAAAAAGCUAUUCAGGCUGAAGAACCCUCAAGUAUGGAAUUGCAUCAUGCUGCAUUGUCAGAACACAUGCCACAGGAUGAGGUCCCUGUGCUUAGAAACCGAAUAGAUUCAAGUAUGGCAUGCUUUAUGUCUUUAUGCAUGUCUGAUACUGUGAAGUCGCCAUUCCAGGAAAUACAGUCUCCAUUUAGACUUCAGGAAGUCGGUACUAGCCCUAAUGAACUGCGGUCUCAGCAAGCAGAUGUUGACUCACUAGAUGAUCAGAUGUAUUGCAAAGAAGGGUUAGUAUGCACUUUUCCAAAUAAAUACAAAACAGAAAAUCCAGAACUGGCUCUUGAGAGUUUUAAUGAGCCAGAUUGUGGUCCAGAAGGAGAUUUUGCAAAAGAGAUCCAACCAUCUUAUCUGUGUCAGAAUUCUUCAAUGCAUACAACUCUCUCAUGGGAUGCUUCUCAGAAAAGUAACUUUAAUUUAAAUAGCCAAGAAGAUAUCCAUCUGGGCAUACUUCAAGAAACUCUCCAAGAGGAAGGAGGAGGAGAAUCCAGUAUUUCAGAAGCAGAGGAGGUGACAGAAGAAAACACCAUCAGAGAUCACAUUUUUGCAGAUAAUCCAGGGAAAAAAGAGCAGAGAUUAGAUUUUCAGUCUAUUCAGAAUAGAUAUAAAGCACUGAAAAAGACUUUUGCUGAAAACCAGGAAUCACCUGAAAUCCCAAGGGCAAGAUCGGAAUUUAGUCUUACUCAAACAAGUUUGGGAACAGAUUAUGUAUUUAGCCCUAUGGGAAAGUCAUAUGCACUGGAUGCAGAACUUGUCAAGAAGCCAUCGCAUGAGACGCUGCUUGAAAGAAGAGUCAGUCUUUCCCCUCUUGAUGCCUUUGCUCCAGUCCAUCCAAGAGACAGGUUAAGCAGACAGGAUCAAGGAGAUGUGCUUCGUAAUGUAAAAAGUUAAAAAACAGUGAUGCUGGAUACAAAGGAAUCUCCAUCUGCAAAGACCUGUCAAGAUGAAGGGUUUUCAUUGUACAAUUAUGAUGCACUGAGCUUGGAUUAUAACAAUUUGUAAACUCUCAUCUAAAGUAUUUUCUCCAGUUUUUAAUACUUAAAAUGAUACUUUUCUAUUAACUAAAGUUAGUCCUGACUGAUUUGAUUUGAUGUAGAGAUUCUGAAGCAUUGAUAAAAUGUAAGAACAGUUGUAAAUAAGAACAUGUAACAGUAACACAGUGAAUCAGAUAUUAGUGUCUUGUUGAAAUGGGUAAUUGCAUUACAUUUCAAUCAGAUUUUGGAAGAGAACAAGACUUUUCGUAUUUUUCCAAUGAUUUUUUUUUUGUAAAUAAUUGGCUAAGCCAAUUGUUUACUUGCAGAUUUCAUUUUUUCCUCUUAUGUGGGAAACCUAGGUGUUGAAAACAGUCUUAACUAUAGAUGCAAGUGUCAGUUUUCAGCUAUCCAGGGAUAAGUGCUUUCAAGUAACCUGUCUGGAUAUUUUGUGCCUGUGUAAAUACACUAGAACAGAAAAACUUCAAUUUCUCCAAAAUUGCCUUGAGUACCAGUAGCAUUCUCUGGAUACUCAGUUUACUCCUCUUCUGGCUAGGCGGUCUGCCGUAGUGUAUAUAAAAGUUGGUUGGUUUUCAAUAAUUGCAUUCAGUGAAUGAUUUGAUUUAGUUCACUGGCAUUUUGACUUGGGGAAGUAGAGGAAUACUGACUACAAGAUGGUAAGAGAUGCUAAAAUAGAGUAGUAGGUAUUAUGUACUAAUGCAAAUUAUGGGGAAUUUGCUUUGACUUACUUGCCCCAAACCACUAGAUAAUUCACCAAAUUCUAAUAACCAGUGACUUCAAACUCAUGUUUAUCUUAAAGUAUUUAUUAAUGUUUUCCAUUUGAAAAACUGGUUUAGCACAAUAAAUGUUCCUUGCUGAAAUCUUGAAGAUUAAA